AUGGUAUUAAUUGAAGAAGUCGUUGAAAAUACUAGGAAAUUAACAGAUUCUGCAAUAUACACAAAGAAAGAUAAGUGGUUGAAAAGACAAAAAGUAGCAGAGAAGGUUCCAUCUGAUAAGAUGGUUCUAGAAGAGAAUAAGUUCACUGAGAAGCAACUUAGACGGGAUGGUUUUGCUAACCGAAUAGGGAAAAGCAAAAGGAAAAAGCUGAGGAAGGAUGAAACUCUUACAAACAAGAAAGAGCCUGUUACAGAGACCAAAAAUGCUAACCAGAUUAUUCAGAAGAUUCAAGGAAAUGUGAGUCCUAAGGCUGUUAAAAGGAAAAGAAAGCAAUCUAUGGAAGAGGAAAAGAAUGUCUCAACCACGCAAAAAAUAUUGCCUGAAAAGAUUCGAAAAAAUCGGACAAAAGAAAGGGUAGAAGAGAGCGCAGCAAAUUUGAAUUCAGAGAAGAUGCCUUUAUUUGAGAAUGAUGACGAUGUACGUGGAGAAGGCUUUUCUGGUUUAAACAAUGCUUCUGAAGGUGAUAAUAGUGAUAUGGAAAAUGAUUGUUUCUCUUCAAGUGAUUUAUCGGAAUCGGAUACUAACGAUUUGCCAAUAGAGAAAAAAUCUCGUAGAUUAGAACAGAAGAAGAAAAGUGAUGAGAAAUUUGCUGAUGAUGAAUUGUUACUGAAUAUUGAAAACGCAGAAAAGUAUAAGUUACCAUCGGUUGAAGAAAUCGAAGAUGAACUAAAACAGACACCUAAUUUAAAAAUAAUAAAACAGCGUAUAUCAGAUGUUUUCCAAGUGCUUGGUGAUUUCAAAAAUCGACGUGAUCCAGAUCGAAGUCGAGGCGAUUAUAUUUCUAUUCUAACAAAAGAUCUCUGCAGCUAUUAUGGUUAUAAUGAAUAUCUGAUUCAAAAAUUUAUGAGUAUUUUUCCGAACGGAACAGAGUUACUAGAAUUCCUGGAAGCAAACGAACAACCACGACCUGUAAUCAUACGUUCAAAUUCGUUGAAAACUCGACGUGCUGAACUAGCAAGAAAUCUAAUCAACAGAGGAAUGAAUGUCGAUCCAGCAGCAGAAUGGACUAAAAUUGGCUUAAUUGUGUACGACAGUCAAGUUCCUGUUGGUGCAACUCCGGAAUAUCUUGCCGGACAUUAUAUGCUGCAAGGAUUGAGUUCCUUUCUUCCAGUAAUGGCUUUAGCACCACGACCGGAAGAGACUAUACUGGAUGUGUGUUCUGCACCGGGUGGUAAAUCAUCACAUAUUGCAGCGUUGAUGAAAAAUACUGGAGUCCUUUAUGCAAAUGAUGCCAAUAUGCAACGUUGUCGUGCGGUUAUUGGUAAUUUGCAUCGGCUGGGGGUGAAUAAUGCAGUUGUCAGCAAUUUAGAUGGACGAGAAUUUGCAAAGAUUAUGCCUCAAGGUUUUGAUCGUGUUUUGUUGGAUGCACCAUGCUCAGGAACAGGUGUAAUCUGGAAAGAUGGAAGUGUGAAAACACGACGUGAUAGUCAAGAUGUUCAACGGUGUCAUACAUUACAACGGGAACUGAUACUCGCCGCACUGGAUUCUAUUAAUGCAAAUUCAAAAACUGGUGGUUAUCUGGUUUACUCAACAUGUUCUGUUCUAGUUGAAGAAAAUGAAGCUGUUGUAGAUUAUGCAUUGAGGAAACGAGAUUGUAAGCUUGUUCCAAUGGGACUGGAUGUUGGUGUACAGGGAUUCACGAAAUUUCGGGAAUAUCGCUUCCACCCAUCACUUUGCCUUACUCGGCGAUAUUAUCCACAUGUCCAUAAUAUUGAUGGAUUCUUUGUGGCAAAAUUCAAGAAAUUGUCAAAUUCAAAGUCAGCGAAAAAUGCAAACACAUCUGACGAACUGAAAGAUAAGAUUGUUAAUACUUCUCAAAGCAAAAGUCCUAAUAAUAAUUCAAAGCGAGCACGAAUGAAAAGGAAGUCCGCAAUAAAGAAAAAAUCGAUUCCGGAUGGAAUCAGUCAAAAGAAAUAUCAGCAAAAGCUUCCAACAGAGAAAAUGGAAACCGAUAAAAAUAUAUCAGAGAGUGAAGUAUCGAAGGAAUUUGCAAUUGGUACCAUGCCGAAUAGUAAACCAAACAGUAUGCCAGAGAAACAAGUCUACAAGAAAAAAUUUUUGUCUAAUAGAUCGAAAUCAGGCAAAAGUGGCAAAUUUAUGGGAAUGAAGAGCAAAAGAAAUUUGAAGAAAAAAAUUAAGAAUAAUGUAGCGCAUGUCUAA